AUGGGCGGAUUACCGAUGAAGGAAGACCGCUUUUCGCAGCAGGCGAGGAGCAGUGGGAUCGCAGGGCCAGGGUGGCCGGCUGGGCGGUGCGUGCGUGGAGCCGACGGGCGGCGCGGGGUGGGCGCGCGGCGCCACGGUUCGCCCCGAGGCCAGCGGUGGGCCGGCUCCGAGAUGGCUUCUCAAGGGUCGGGCUCCUCCAGCUCCCCAAAAAUCCCAGGCGGGGAGGGGAAGACUGCGCCCCCGUACUAUGGCGCGUGGCUGCUACCCUCGGUCACCGCUGGUGCGCGGCGGCUCCGCAGGCUGCCCUGGGCCACAGUGGCCAGAGCCUACGGCCGCUUCAAGCUACCCAUCUCAGAGGCGCGCCAGAUGCGGCUGCUGAGCACCCUCGACCCGCUGGCCGUGGGCAAGACCUCACCGCAGCCCGAGGAGCACCCGAUGUCUGAGAAGCUGUUCUGGGGCGACCAGGAACCCCUCUCCAAGAUUCCAUUUAAAAUUCUGAGAGGUCACGAGCAGAUGGUGAGUUCCUGCCAUUUCUGUGUGGAAGACACAAAGAUCCUCAGUGGCUCCUAUGACUGCACUGUGAAGCUGUGGGAUGCUGUUGAUGGAAUUGUGAUGCGGAAUUUUGAGCCUGGGCCCAAAGCUCCUGUUUUAGAGUGUAGCAUCACGGCUGACAGCAAAAGAAUUAUUGCAGCAUCCUACGACAAAACAAUCAGGGCUUGGGACCUUGAGACAGGAAAACCGCUGUGGAAGAUCAAGCACGAUAACUUCAUAGUCUCCUGCAAGUUUUCUCCUGAUGGUAAAUACGUGGUCUCUGCCUUGGAUGUGGAUUUUGGAAUCUGUAUAAGGGAUGCGGUAAACGCCACCCUGGUGUCACACGUCAAAGAUCUUCACGAAAGGUCCGUAACAGCAUGCUGCUUUGACCACGACAGCCAGAAGGUGGCUUCAGUCUCAUCGGACAGGACCAUCAAGAUCUGGGAUGUUAUGUCCCAGGCCACGGUGCUCAGCAUCACAAAGGCACAUACCAACUCAAUCUCAAACUGCUGUUUCACCUUCAGCGGCCAUUUUCUGUGUACAAGCUCUUGGGAUAAAACUUUAAAAAUAUGGGACGUCCAUACAGGGGAGUUUCGAAACCAUGGAGCCUGUGUGACUCUGAUGCAGGGCCACGAAGGGUCCGUAAGCUCCUGUCAUUUUGCCAGAGAUGCCUCUUUCCUUGUGUCUGGAGGUUUCGACAAGACUGUGGCUAUUUGGGAUGUAGGAGAAGGCUGCCGGAAGUUCUCCUUGAAGGGCCAUAGUGAUUGGGUGAUGGAUGUUGCCAUUAGCAACAACAAGAAAUGGAUCCUGUCUGCUUCAAAGGAUAAGACCAUGAGACUAUGGAAUAUUGAAGAAAUUGACCAAAUUCCUUUGGUAAUCGAGUACAAAAAGGCCAAGGGCUUAAAGGUGACACAGUGUGAAGGAUGUGACAGGCCUUUCUCCACCUACGAAAGCGACACCUCUGUUGAAACAUUCACCAAAUGUGUGUUCUGCCGGAUGGAUGCAAGGCACUUGUCAGCAGACGCUGCACCGUCAUCAUCGGACAGGGAGGACUCCCUGGCAAACGGGGAGAGCAAAUGCAAGGAUGACUGA